AGACGCUCCGAGAACCCAAGCCGCGAUCGGAGAUGGAUGUCUCUCUUUGCCCAGCCAAGUGUAGUUUCUGGCGGAUUUUCUUGCUGGGAAGCGUCUGGCUGGACUAUGUGGGCUCCGUGCUGGCUUGCCCUGCAAAUUGUGUCUGCAGCAAGACUGAGAUCAAUUGCCGGCGGCCGGACGAUGGGAACCUCUUCCCCCUCCUGGAAGGGCAGGAUUCAGGGAACAGCAAUGGGAACGCCAGCAUCAACAUCACGGACAUCUCAAGGAAUAUCACUUCUAUACACAUAGAGAACUGGCGAGGUCUGCACACGCUGAAUGCUGUGGACAUGGAGCUCUACACCGGCCUCCAAAAGCUGACCAUCAAGAACUCAGGACUUCGGAGCAUCCAGCCCAGAGCCUUUGCCAAGAACCCCCACUUGCGCUAUAUAAACCUGUCGAGUAACCGGCUCACCACACUCUCAUGGCAGCUUUUCCAGAGGCUGAGUCUUCGGGAAUUGAGAUUGGAGCAGAACUUCUUCAACUGCAGCUGUGACAUCCGCUGGAUGCAGCUGUGGCAGGAGCAGGGGGAAGCCAAGCUCAACAGCCAACACCUCUACUGUAUCAGUGCCGACGGCUCCCAACUGCCCCUGUUCCGCAUGAACAUCAGCCAGUGUGACCUUCCCGAGAUCAGUGUGAGCCACGUGAACCUGACCGUUCGAGAGGGUGACAACGCUGUCAUCACGUGCAAUGGCUCUGGAUCACCUCUGCCCGAUGUAGACUGGAUAGUCACUGGACUGCAGUCCAUCAACACCCACCAGACAAAUCUGAACUGGACCAACGUACAUGCCAUCAACCUGACCCUGGUCAAUGUGACAAGCGAGGACAAUGGCUUCACCCUGACGUGCAUUGCGGAGAACGUGGUGGGCAUGAGCAAUGCCAGUGUGGCCCUCACCGUGCACUACCCUCCGCGCGUGGUGAGCCUGGAGGAGCCGGAGCUGCGCCUGGAGCACUGCAUCGAGUUCGUGGUGCGCGGCAACCCUCCGCCCACGCUGCACUGGCUGCACAACGGACAGCCGCUGCGGGAGUCCAAGAUCACCCACGUGGAGUACUACCAGGAGGGCGAGCUGUCCGAGGGCUGCCUGCUCUUCAACAAGCCCACCCACUACAACAACGGCAACUAUACGCUCAUUGCCAAAAACCCGCUGGGCACAGCCAACCAGACCAUCAACGGCCACUUCCUCAAGGAGCCCUUCCCGGAGAGCACGGAUAACUUUGUCUCUAUUUACGACGUGAGUCCCACACCCAUCACUGUGACCCACAAACCGGAGGAAGACACUUUUGGGGUGUCCAUAGCGGUGGGACUUGCUGCUUUUGCCUGCGUCCUGUUGGUGGUUCUCUUUAUCAUGAUCAACAAGUAUGGUCGACGGUCCAAAUUUGGAAUGAAGGGGCCUGUGGCUGUCAUCAGUGGUGAGGAGGACUCAGCCAGCCCACUGCACCACAUCAACCAUGGCAUCACCACGCCCUCAUCGUUGGAUGCCGGGCCAGACACGGUGGUCAUCGGCAUGACCCGCAUCCCGGUCAUUGAGAACCCCCAGUACUUCCGUCAGGGACACAGCUGCCACAAGCCAGACACGUAUGUGCAGCACAUUAAGAGGAGGGACAUCGUGCUGAAGCGGGAACUGGGAGAGGGAGCCUUUGGGAAGGUCUUCCUGGCCGAGUGCUACAACCUCAGCCCCACCAAGGACAAGAUGCUCGUGGCCGUGAAGGCCCUGAAGGAUCCCACCCUGGCUGCCCGGAAGGAUUUCCAGAGGGAGGCUGAGCUGCUCACUAACCUGCAGCAUGAGCACAUUGUCAAGUUCUAUGGGGUGUGUGGUGAUGGGGACCCGCUCAUCAUGGUCUUUGAGUACAUGAAGCAUGGAGACCUGAACAAGUUCCUCAGGGCCCAUGGGCCAGAUGCUAUGAUCCUUGUAGAUGGGCAGCCACGCCAGGCGAAAGGCGAGUUGGGGCUCUCCCAAAUGCUCCACAUCGCCAGUCAGAUCGCCUCAGGCAUGGUGUACCUGGCCUCCCAGCACUUCGUACACCGAGACCUGGCCACCAGGAACUGCCUGGUUGGAGCCAAUCUGCUGGUGAAGAUUGGGGACUUCGGCAUGUCCAGAGAUGUCUACAGCACCGAUUACUACAGGGAAGGGCCAUGCCAGAAGGGCCCGAUCAGCGUGUCAUGGCAGCGGCAGAGACUAGCAGCACCGGCAGCUUCCACACUCUUUAAUCCAUCUGGAAAUGAUUUUUGUAUAUGGUGUGAGGUUGGAGGACACACCAUGCUCCCCAUCCGUUGGAUGCCCCCUGAAAGCAUCAUGUACCGGAAGUUCACUACGGAGAGUGACGUGUGGAGCUUUGGGGUGAUCCUUUGGGAGAUCUUCACCUAUGGAAAGCAACCGUGGUUCCAGCUCUCAAACACAGAGGUCAUCGAGUGCAUCACCCAAGGUCGUGUGCUGGAGCGGCCCCGGGUCUGCCCCAAAGAGGUAUACGAUGUCAUGCUAGGGUGCUGGCAGAGGGAGCCCCAGCAGAGGCUCAACAUCAAGGAGAUCUACAAAGUCCUCCAUGCUUUGGGGAAAGCCGCCCCCAUCUACCUGGACAUCCUCGGCUAG